AUGUUCAUCUUCUGUAACCUGGCAGUUCUGAUGCUUGUGCUGAACUUUAAUGGCCAGGUUCAUGCAGCGUCAAUCAUUGGAGGUCAUGUGGRUAAACUGCAUACCAGGCCGUACAUGGUGCUUGUGGAGAGGAGAAAUAAAUAUUGUGAGCAUAAAUCACACUGUGGAGGAUUUCUGCUGAGUGAAGACUUUGUGAUGACUGCAGCCCACUGCCAAGUGGAAUUUUAUAAUGUUCUCCUAGGGUUUAACAAUUACGAUGACAAACAAAAACUGAAUAUUUCUGUGAAACAAGCGUUUUCACAUAAGGACUCCAAUGACAUUGAGUAUAUGAAUGACAUCAUGCUGCUUAAGUUGUCUUCCAAGGUCAGCUUUACCAACAAUGUGAAACCCAUUGCUCUGGCAGAUCACAUUAAUGGUUCUGCCAAAGAGUCUCUGCCAAAGUCCUGUUCAGUCGCUGGCUGGGGACAAAAAAGCCGUGAGAAUACACAAAUGUAUCGUAAACUCAUGGAGGUCAAUGUAACACUUAUUUAUGAAGAGGAGUGUGCUGAGAAACAUGCAUUCUGCUCUGAUGGAGAGACGGGAGCAGGAGUGGGAGACUCUGGUGGUCCAUUAGUCUGUGAAGAUGGUGGAGCAUACGGGGUGGUGUCGGCUUCAAACCCCAUGUUGUACAAGUAA